UUUCGAUAAGCAUGGGAGUAGCAGUGGCAUAGGAGAAUUCCGUCAUUUUCAAUUCGUCUACCUCGGAGUGUAUGUAUUAGCAGUAUUCGCUGACUGGCUUCAAGGCCCCUUUGUGUAUGCGUUGUAUCGAUCGUAUGGAUAUAGCAUUGAGGAUAUUGGUUCUCUAUUCAUUGUCGGCUUCCUGACCUCGGGUAUUUGCGGGACGUUUGUUGGUGGUAUGGCUGAUGCCUUCGGUCGGAAGAAGGCUUGCCUGAUGUACUGCAUUCUCUACGCUGUAGCAUGUCUACUCUACCACUUGCAUAAUUUCUAUGCUCUACUACUAGGCCGGUUCUUGGGAGGGGUUUCCACAUCACUACUUUUCUCGGUGUUCGAAGCGUGGAUGUUGGAGGAGCACGCGAAACGGGGUUUCGACGAAUCGGCACUCAACGACACUUUUGCCAAGGCCACUUUGGGUAACGGCACGACAGCAAUUGUGGCUGGAGUGGUAUCGCACUUUGCUGCUGUCAAGUACGGCCCUAUUGGGCCCUUCCGGGUCUCUGCUGCCACGUUGGGUAUAUGCGGAGUAGCGAUCAGUUUACUAUGGAACGAAAAUUAUGGCAAGUCAAAAGUUGGCUCAUCAUCGAGCUCACCGUGGGGACAGUUGGCUUGCAGCAUUCACGUUAUGAGUAUUGUGCUCCAGUCUUGCUUCGAAUCGGCUAUGUAUGUAUUCGUAUUCAUGUGGACGCCCGCCCUUCCGGAGUCUAUGGACCCGGGCACGGUAUUCACUAACUUUAUGAUAGCAAUGAUGAUCGGAAGUGAAGUAUUUGAGACCCUUAGCAAUUCCCUAGAAUUUUCAUGUUGUCACCAACACACGUCGUUGAACAUGUGCGUAAUUUCCCACAUUGUCGUUUGUUAUAACAUCCUUUGUCCUUGUCAGGUCCCAUGCGUCACUAUAGCCUCUUUGCCAAGACUAGUAGCAUUCUGUUUAUUCGAGGCGUGUUGUGGUGUCUACUUCCCGACACAUUAUUCGAUUCGAUCGAGUAUCGUGCCGGCGUCGAUUCGAGCAACUAUGUUCAAUCUAUAUCGAGUACCUCUUAACGUUCUCGUUGCGAAGAUUUGUACCAGUGUGGGCACCAUGAACGAGUCUACAGUGUUCGCCACUUGCUCUAUCCUACUCAUUGCUGGCGCUCUACUGGCAUUUAAGAACGACCAACUGCUACUCAAAGUGUCCAAUGCUAAGGAAGACUAG